AUACUGAUACUUGGUCAGGGUGUUUUCAGGAAGAAUAAUGUCUGUUUUAUUUUCUGUCCUUUACUAUCAGAAGAUGAUGAAGAUGAGGAGGAAGAGGAUGAAGAAGAAGAAAUAGAUGUCGUUACAGUGGAAAAAAGACGCUCCUCUACCAACAAGUCUGUUACCACCCUUACUAUUACAGUGCGCCCUAAAAAUACCACUUUUUCAUCAGUCAGGACACCGCAGAAUGGACUGAUACUGAAGCGUUGUGCCCCAAUUCACCAGCAGCAUAAUUAUGCCGCUCCUUCUCCAUUCGUGGAGACUGAAGAGGCUCCACCACAGAAAAAGUUAAAAAUUGAGGUGCCCCGUCCAGUAAAACCCACAAUCCAACCAAAGCCUAAGAGUUCAAGUCCUCGAAACUCUGAUUCAGAGGACAGUGAACGUCGACGCAACCAUAAUAUCCUGGAGCGUCAACGACGUAAUGAUCUACGGUCAAGUUUCCUCACAUUAAGGGACCAUGUUCCAGAACUGGUUAAAAAUGAGAAAGCUGCAAAAGUUGUGAUCUUGAAAAAAGCCACUGAGUAUGUUCAUUCUCUUCAGGCAGAGGAGCAGAAGUUACUGCUAGAAAAGGAAAAAUUGCAAGCCAGACAAGAACAAUUACUAAAGAAAAUAGAUUACAAGCGGACUUGCUAAACUUAUGUUUUGUUUUGUUUUGUUUUUUUGGCUGGUCUGGACAGUCAUUGCCACUUUGCACAUUUUUGAUUCUUUAUAAAAAAAUUGUGUUUUUUGACGUUAAGAAUGUUGGUUUUAAUUUCAAUCCAGUUCCUGAAGUAAUCGACAGACUCUAUUAUCCGGGUACGGAGCAAAUGGAUGUUCUUGCAAGGAGUUUAUUGCAAGACUACCAAACAACAAUGGACUGCCUUUGUUUUUUCUUAAGAACUGUAGAUGGUGGGGAUUUUUUUUUUUUUAAAGUGUUGUGAGCAUUUGGAGCUGCUGAUGACAUCUAGUUGAGUUUUAAAAUGUUCAUUCCUAAGUUUUAUGGUGCUUAUGUUCUAACAGAUGUUACUUUAGGGGUUGGCAUUUUGUACCCCUGUGGGAAUUUCUGUAAAUACCAUCUACACACUUGCCUUUUGUACAUGUCUUGGGUUAUGAGAGGUGGCUUUUGCUGCCAGUAUUAGACUGGAAGUUCAUACCUAAGUACUGUAAUACCUCAAUGUUUGAGGAGCAUGUUUUUGUAUACAAAUAUAUUGUUAAUCUCUGUUAUGUACUGUACUAAUUCUUACAUUGCCUGUAUACUUUAGUAUGAUGCUGAUACAUAACUAAAUUUGAUACUUAUAUUUUCGUAUGAAAAUGAGUUGUGAAAGUUUUGAGUAGAUAUUACUUUAUCACUUUUUUGAACUAAGAAACUUUUGUAAAGAAAUUUACUAUAUAUGCCUUUUCCUAGCCUGUUUCUUCCAGUUAAUGUAUUUGUUAAUGUUUGGUGCAUAGAACUGGGUAACUGCAAAGUUCUGUGUUUAAUUUCUUCCAAUGAUGUACAUUUAGUGCUGCGUCUUAUAGCACUUUGAAAUACCUCAUGUUUAUGAAAAUAAAUAGCAAUUACAUUA